CUAAACAUCACUGUUGCGUUCGCGCAGACUCUUCGAGCGCUCGCAUUCUAUCGCUAACUCCGUGCCGGCGCCUACCUACAAACUGCUUAACAAAACGUGAAAUGAACGUGGUAUUGUGAAAAUAAAAAGUGAAUUAGUAAAUUGAACUUUGAUAGUUAUUUGACAACGAAAUGGCUAUUUUAACUUUUGAAAAGUUUACGGGGGUAGUGCCCGUGCGAUUUAACGUAUGGGUAAUGCUGUUCACGAGCUGCUGGGUGGCUUACAUGCUGAGAGUCAACAUGAGCCUCAACAUCAUCGCAAUGGUGCCACAAGUCGAAAGCAAUACCACGUCACAUUCUCAGUGUAACGCUAAAGAUGAUCCAAUAAGGAACGAAACUUUGAGGCAUGCUGACAUCGCGGACGUCCGACAGGCUCCGAGACAGACACCUGGCGCCGGGUCUUUCGACUGGAGCCCUGAGCAGCAAGCCCUGAUCCUCGGCUCGUACUUCUGGUGCUACCCCGUGACGUCAUUAGUGGGCGGCAUGGCGGCGGAGCGCUGGGGCCCGCGCUACGUCGUGCUGAUAACGACACUUCUGAGCGGACUGUUGACCAUUAUAAGUCCCGCUGCGGCCCGCCUGCAUUAUGUCGCUAUUGUCGUCGUGCGGUUUUUACUCGGCAUUGCUGGCGGUUUCAUCUACCCAGCGCUCCACGCUUUAAUCGCAAGAUGGGCGCCACCUACAGAAAAGGGAAAAUUCGUCAGCGCAAUGAUGGGAGGAACCAUGGGCACUGUGAUGACUUGGUCUGUCACUGGUCCUUUAGUGGAGAAAUUCGGGUGGGCCUCAUCUUUCUACGUUCCAGGCGUGUUGACUUUGAUCUGGUGUGCAGUGUGGUGGUACAUUGUGGCCGAUUCGCCGGCAGAACAUCCGAGGAUCAGUGAUAAAGAAAGAAAGUACAUUCAGGAUGCUCUGGGAGACAAAGUCAAGAAAUCAAAGGGUCUCCCGCCGUUCAAGAGCAUUGUGACAUCAUUUCCUUUCCUGGCCAUGGUUAUAUUGCACUACGGAAAUCUUUGGGGCUUGUAUUUUAUAAUGACAGUGGGGCCAAAGUUCGUGUCAAGCGUGCUAGGCUUCCAGCUCUCAGCUGCCGGUGUCAUAUCAGCACUGCCGUAUUUGGCCAGAUUAUUCCUGUCGGCAAUAUUUGGAGUGCUAGGGGACUGUAUUUUGGCGAGAAAUCUUAUGACGACGACACAGAUUAGGAAAUUAUUUUGUUUGUUCUCGCAUAUAAUCCCUGGGCUGUUUUUGAUAUUGCUGGUGUACGCGGGGUGCUCGACGGCAUUGUCGGUUGCCUUGAUUACUCUGUCGAUGGGGGCCAACGGCGCGGCGACGCUCACCAACCUGCAGAACCACCAGGACCUCGCACCGAAUUACGCCGGGAGCUUGUAUGGAAUUGCCAAUGCCAUUGGAAGCACUGCUGGGUUCUUCACCCCGAUGAUUACAGCCUACUUUACAAGGAAUGGGAAUGGCUUUGAGCAGUGGCGGCCAGUAUUUUUCGUCGGAGCCUCGGUGUAUAUAGUGUCAGCCAUCUUCUUUAUAUUCUUUGGAACUGGAGAGACUCAGGAGUGGAACUUUCCUAAAGAGAAGGAGGAGGAGUCAGAUGGCAAAUCAAAGAAGAUCGAUCUCAAAGAUGCGAAAGACACUCCACUUAGUGUAAUUAGUUCCUAGUAAUAUUUAGAAAAAAAUGUUUAUCAAAUUUAGCUUUAUUUAUAGGACUUUUAAAUAUGAUAAUGGUAUGAUCGGAGUAUAAACCUAUUUCAUGAAUCGACUUUAAUCAUAAGGUUAGGUAUCAGUUAGUAGAUAUGUGUCAUUUAUGAUGCCUUUGAAACAUAAAGAAGUAAGUAAGCCAUUAUUUGCCAUUAGACUUGUUU